UGUAAUUUUACUACCAUGAAAAUUGAUAACUUGGUGUUUGUGUUUCAAAUAUUACUUUUACAGGAUCGAUGGUGAAUGAGAUUCAAGGACAAACCAUGUGUCAUGAGAUUUUACCAGAAACAGAUUGUGGUGUUGGCUCGUGUACCGCUUUGUGCUUACAAUUAUGGAGAGGAACCGGCAAGUGUGUUAGAACAAAUGAUCGACGCUUAAUAUGCCUCUGCAAUUUUGAAUGCAUAGUUUGAAUUUUUCACUUAAUUUUGAAAUUUAUAAAUCAC